AUGCCGUCAACAGGAUAUGGUGGUUUACUUGAUUGUCAAUGGCAUGAAAUUGGUAUUUAUACACAACAGAAUGAAAGUGAUUUUGUACGCAUGGGAAAACUUGGUGGAGGUACAUACGGUGAUGUAUUUCGCGUUCACCAUCGAACAACUGGAGAAAUUUAUGCUUUAAAACAGAUCCGAGAUGAACAUGAAGCUAAUGGUAUGCCGGCAACAGCUAUGCGUGAAGUAGCUAUACUGAAACAACUCAGUCAUGAGAAUAUUAUUAAAUUAGUCGAUGUAUUUCUAACUGAUGAACGAUGCUUUCUCUUACUCGAACAUAUGGAUGAAGAUUUGAAACGAUAUUUAGAUCGAAGUCGACCGUUAGAUCGACGAAUAAUCAAAAAUUUCAUGCAUCAACUAUUUGAAGCCGUAUUUUAUUGCCAUAAACAUCGAAUCAUUCAUCGAGAUAUUAAACCACAUAAUAUUUUAGUGAAUAGUGAAGGACAAAUAAAAAUGUGUGACUUUGGUCUUGCACGUGCUUUCACCAUUCCGAUGAAAGUUUAUACUCAUGAAAUUGUGACACUCUGGUAUCGUGCACCAGAGAUUCUACUUGGAUCGUUGACAUACGGAACACCUGUGGAUACAUGGUCAUUGGGUUGUAUAUUUGGUGAAAUGUAUCAGGGUUGGCCAUUAUUUCACGGCGAUUCAGAAAUCGAUCAAAUUUUUCAAAUUUUCAAAGUAUUAGGCACACCGAAUGAAGAAACGUGGCCGAAUAUAUUCCUGCUACCUCAAUUCAAAUCUUCCUUUCCAAAAUUUAAAAUGCAAGAAACUCAACUACGAGAAAUAAUGGAUAAGAAUGAAGUCGCUUUUGAUUUGCUUCGACGUUUAUUAACUUGUGAUCCAACGGUGCGUAUAGCAGCUCGUUCUGCUCUCCGACACGAAUAUUUUCACGAGCACGACACAAAAAAAGCGCUGGUCUCAAUCACAAACACUCAUCGAGAUCAAGUGCGAUACGAUGCAAAUAAUAAUCUAAUCGAAAUGAAUAAAACAUAA